GAACCUCUGCCUUAACGCUCAAACGCAAAAUAAUUCAAUUAAACUAAAAAAAUGGGUUGUCUCCAGAGCACGGAAGAUGCCGGCAAAGCUAGGAAUGAUAGCAUCGAACAGCAACUGAAAAAGGAUAAAGCCAAUUUGAGGAAUGAAGUCAAGAUGUUACUCCUCGGUGCUGGUGAAUCUGGAAAAUCUACAAUCUUGAAACAAAUGAAACUUAUUCAUCAAGGUUCUUAUAGCCCAGAAGAGCGUGAUGCUUAUAGAGAAAUUAUUUUCUCAAAUACCGUACAAUCAAUGAGAGUUAUUAUUGAAGCUAUGGAGAUGAUGGGCAUACAAUUAUCAAACCCUGCACUCAACAGUCAAUCUGCUCAAGUUAUACUCAGUUUGCCUGCUCAAAUUGAUAUUGAGAUGAUGACUCCUCAAGUUUUCCAAGCUAUCGGCACUUUGUGGUCAGAUAGUGGUGUACAGCAGACAUUCUCAAAAUCUAGAGAAUAUCAACUGAAUGAUAGCGCUCAAUAUUACUUUGAUUCCAUUGAUAGAAUGGCUAGCCCACAAUACCUCCCAACCGACCAAGAUGUUUUACGUUCAAGAGUUAAGACAACAGGUAUUACUGAGACAACCUUUAAAAUUGGUGAACUCACUUAUAAACUAUUUGACGUUGGUGGUCAACGUUCUGAGCGUAAAAAAUGGAUUCAUUGCUUUGAAAACGUAACAGCCAUCGUUUUCUUGGUAGCAAUUAGUGAAUACGAUCAAAAGUUAUACGAGGAUGAAUCCGUCAACAGAAUGCAAGAAGCUUUAACAUUAUUCGAUUCAAUUUGUAACUCAAGGUGGUUUGUUAGAACGUCAAUCAUCUUAUUUUUGAAUAAGAUUGAUAUCUUCAGACAGAAGUUACAAGUUUCACCAAUCAAGGAUUACUUUAGUGAUUACAAAGGUCAAAAUGAUUAUGAUAGCGCAUGCGACUACAUUUUGAAGAGAUUCGUGGAACUCAAUCAAUCAGAAGUUAAACAAAUUUAUGCCCAUUUCACCUGCGCAACUGACACCAACCAAAUUAAGUUCGUUUUAUCGGCAAUUAAUGAUAUCGUCAUCCAAACCAACCGUGAGUGAGAUGUCUUUAAUAAGGAUUGUUUUACUAACUACCCCUUCAGUUCGAGACUGUGGUCUCC